UCACGACAACAGACGUUAAGAAAGUAAUAAUGAUCAUGAUUUACAAGUCCUUUUGACGCUGUAUACAAUUUCUUGGUAGGAUCUCUGAUGUGAAGGAAGUGUAUAACAUGUAGUGGGGUGUUUCACUAAGCCCUGGACCGAAAAUAAAGUCAACUACUACGAUGAGUGUGAUAUUGACAGCGGUCGUUCUGAUUGGGGUUUACUGUGAGCUCUCGAAUGGACUUCAAAAGGAUAAGAAAGAAAAGGGGAACAAGCUUGUUCGCUUUUUUCAGGAUAACAAUGGGAGCGUACUUUUAAAGGAAAGCUCUGAUUCAAAUAAAGAUGGCGGGAAACUCCACAUGUCAUCUGUGAUUGACUCCACGGAGGAGAAAAGAAAAGAUGAGGACAGGAAAUUUUCAAGAAAGAAAAGCCUCAACGGAGAGAAGGAAACUAAGCAAGGAAAUACAACUACUUUGCCAGAUAUAAAAAAAGUUGUCGGGGAGAAAGAAAAUAAAACCGGAAACGAGAUCGAUAUCAGCAGCUCUAAGCCUAAAGGACGAAAAACCCAUGAUAAUGACAGUAGUCAAGAUAAAAAUAAACAAAAAGCUAGAAUUCGCCAGCUUCUCUGUGCACUUUUUAACAUUUCAAAUGAAAGCGAGGCUUGUAAAGACAAGCACCAUUCAAAGAAAGCCAUGAUAUGGCCAACGAGAAUGAUACCAUGGUUAAAGAAGGUACUUCUGAGUAAGCUGAGUCGGGGAUCAUACAAUCAAAUGCCCUUUCUAGAUGACAUGAACAGUCCUAGCGAGUCACCUUUUGGAGGAGGUAUUCAAAAUGGACUAUCUGACAAUUGGGAUAGUGAUCCACUUCUGAAUACACGUAGAAAGCAUCAUCAUGGUUUGAAAAUGGUUCCCUUGCUGAGGUCAUUAAAGGCAAGGCUGUACGGCCAUGGAAUGCCGGGUAAUUUUGGUAGCCUUAACGAGGCUUUGAAUGGUGAAGGACUUAAUGGAUUUGGCCCAAUGCCAACCCAAGGCAGCUCGAAGUUGAUUCACCAAAUACUUGGCCAGGCUAUGGGAAGUUCCGACAGGAAUUCUGUUUUAAACGAAAUGAUGCAAGAAUUUCUUCUUGCCAACAACCGUGAAGAGACAGGAGGCAAUGAAGCAUUUUCAGACUUAGCCGAAAGGAAUAGUUUCUCGCAACUUAACAACGGUCUUCAGAGCUCUCCACUUCUUCCAGAGCCAAACUUACAACUUCAAGGCGACAUGAGAACACCUUUGGCGUCGGAGCAACCUAUUCAUGCUCAAAUGUUGGACAAUGGUGCUAUUGCACCAAUGGCCAAUCAACCAGUUGGUAACUUGCCUUUGAAAGGUGCAUCUUUCAUGGGUGGUCGUUCUCCCAUAGGAAGAUCUCCUAUGAUUGGAAACCCCUCGACAUUUCCCUCGAUGAUCAAGUCGUUCGGCCCUCCAACAUCAAGAGGUUCUGAAUUUCAGAGUUCUGUGUUGGAAGCACCUCAGAAAGAAGGUUCGCUUCUACAAAGAGCUGGCGGAUUCGACCUUCCAAUAUCGUCUUCAGUGCUGCAACACACUUCGAAUCCUACUCAGCGUAUGUAUAUGGAAAAUGAAAGAGAAGACCAAGGCAUUUCCAAGCAGGGCGAUGACUUCGUAGAACGGAAUGAAGCCAGUGAAAGACGCUUACCAUUGCAUCAAUCAGUAGGUAAUAAUUUGGUGGUGGAAGAAAUAAGCGACAAUCAAGCGAGAGGAGGAAAUCUUCCGAUGCAAACGAACCCUGAUUUAGAUCGUAUAUUGAGGCUACAUUCUAGUUUUCGGUCACCAGAAAGCUCUUCCAUGUCAAAAGUUACUCGACUCGACCUCGAUAGUAACCUUGGACAUGGGUUACGGUUACCGGUUGGCUCCAUGGGUAUGCCCUCUGUCUUAUCCAAGGACGAAGAUUCCAUAAACUUUAACGAUUUAAACAAUGAUCGAUCCAUUGCAUUUAGAAGAGGAAAGGUUUUAAAGGGAGGGAAAAGUUUGCCCCUCUCAUCAAAGAAACCGCGAACGUCACAAAGCAAUAGACCUAAUACCAAGAAAAGCGCUGGAUAAAGCUGCAUUCACUCCGUUAAGUUAUUUCCUCUGCUGACAGUUCAGCUAUUAGAAGCAUUUAAUCAUCAAACUUCAUUUGGUGGUGAGAUGGGGUGUGGUAAUAGAUGAGUCUUGGUUUUUUUCAAAAUAAGGAAAUCCAACCAGUGAGCAGGAAACCAAACUCGAGUAACCGCUAGAAAAUAAGGAAGAGGUUAUUAAAAACAUGGAGCUGUUUCAGAGAGGCUCAGAGCAUUUGAGGGCGUGGGAAUAUCACGGGUGCCAUAAUAGGUCUGAAUGUAUGUUAAUAGAGCUACGUGUAGACAGUUAUUGUCAAAAUCCUUUAAAAAGUGAACAGACACCAUUCACGAACUGAUCAUGAUUAGUGCGAAGGCUUUUAUAUAUUAUACAAACCUUCAAGAAGUAAAGAAACAUACGCAAUCAAAUUAUCGGCGAACCACUCGCGCCAAGAACAGAGUGGAAAAAAUAAGAUUGUAUCAUAUGUGCAACUGUCAGUUACGUCGCUAUUUUCUAUUAACUAUGACUUGAAAAGAUAAACUUGAAAGGUAUA